ACGUCGGAACCUGUACAUGCCGGCCGGACGUCAGAAGCUGUCAAGCUGUAGGCUGUGGGAUUUAAAUGCGCGCUUCCUGUCGGCUCGUCACAGUUCAUGUAUCAGCGCAACCAUGAACUUUCUCAGUCGUGUCUUAACUACAAGAGUGUUAAUCGGGAAGCCGCAGCCGCCGUCCGCAGCCGGAGCUCGGUGUUGGUUUAGCGCGGUGUCGCGGCUGGGCGGCGUUACCCAGUCCCACAGCGCUGCUCCUUCCACCAGCCCUGUAAACCUGAGCUAUGAUGUGUAUGAUGGUAAAGAGGAUGGUGUUCCACUCGUCUUCCUGCAUGGCUUAUUCGGGAGCAAAACCAACUUCCACACUAUAGCGAAGUCUUUGGUGCAGAGGACAGGCCGAAAGGUGCUGACAGUAGAUGCUCGUAACCAUGGCAAUAGCAAACACCACCCGGUCUUGACAUAUGAGGUGAUGACUAACGAUUUGAAGCAUCUGCUUAACCAGCUGCAUAUCGGAAAGUGUAUUCUCAUCGGUCACAGCAUGGGGGGCAAAACUGCAAUGGCUACAGCUUUGUCACAGCCCAGUUUUGUGGAGCGUCUCGUCGUGGUAGACAUCAGUCCUGUUCCGACGUCCGGUCGCACCUUCAUGAGAGGCUAUAUCGAAGCUAUGAAGGAGGUACAAAUACCUAGCAACAUUCCACGCUCAACUGCUCGCAGGGUGGCCGAAGACCAACUCCGGGAUCAUGUUAAAGAACGCUCCGUUCGGCAUUUCCUCCUCACUAAUCUGGUAGAGCAGAAUGGACACUACUCCUGGAGAAUCAAUUUGGAGGCCAUAUCCAAUCACCUGACGGACCUUAUGUCUUUCCCCAAGUUUAACACAACCUAUGAAGGUCCCACCCUCUUUCUGGGCGGCAGUAACUCCGAAUACCUUAGCUCUGAGGAUUACCCUGAAAUCCAGCGUCUCUUUCCGUAUGCAGAUAUCCAGUAUAUCCCUGAUGCCAGUCACUGGAUUCAUGCUGACAAACCCCUGGAUUUCAUCAGUUCUAUAAUUACUUUUGUACAGCCCUAAACUCAUGACUGACUCACUCACUCACUCUUUUUGUUUUUUUUUUUUUUAUUUGAUUUCAUUUUCCUUUUAAAUUAUUAGUCCAUGACUUUCUAAUACACAUACAGUGCUGUGCAAGAGUUGGAAGCAUUGGAAAGAAUUAUCAAAUUAAUUAAUACAUUGAGCAGUAUAUGAAAAAGAAACAAGUAUUGUGGUAUUUAUAGUGAAAUAGUGAAACUUUGACUUGUUCUAAUGUUUUGUGGAAAUGAAUGAUUUGAAAUGCUAUUUCUGUUUUCAUACCCACCUUUAUUCAAAUGCAGCUGUUGUGUUUGGUAAAACCAUAUCCUGAAAAGAUCUUUGCAGAAAGCCUAUACAAGUUUAGAUUUUUUAGAAGACGUGUCAACACAAAUUACUGGUUAAAAACUAGAACCAGAUUUUUUAAAUACAGAUUAAUUUUUUAGGUUAAUGUUUGAGAAUUAUUUUGUUUAGUUACUGACACUCACCUAAUGCAGUAGGUAUAAAUUAACCAUCUAAGGCAAAAUCGAACUGCAAAUGAAUGGUGCCUAUGACUAUUGCACAGUACUGUAAAUCCAGUUGCACUGUUUCAACACUCACUAAGUCGGUUUCACACAAACACAUUCAGCAGACAUUUAAAAACGUUUUGUUUUUCAUACUGGAAAGUAACACAGCAGAUCAGUAGAUUGUAAUUAUAAACAACUCGACUCUACGUGACCAGCUGCCGUUUCAAAAGGGUUUUUUUUUUACUUACUUGAAUCUUUUACUGUCUUACACAAGCACGGAGACUCCACUAGUGCAGUAGUCAUCUAGACAUUGUAUUCUAUAGGUAGUGUUUUUGGAAGUUGCAGUCGGAUGAAGCUAGUUGCAGUUUUCAGUUUGUUACAGUAGAGGUGUCAGUUGUGUGCUUGUUUGUUUGUUUGGUAGUCAUGAGACUGGAGUUCUGUUUUAAAGUAAAGGUGAAUGUUUAGAGCUCGACAAAAUAUCAGAUUUACACAAUUUUCCACUUUCUCCAAGCUUACUCCAUGUUUUUGUGUUCGCUUUGUUAGAUUUGUAGAUAUAAAGGUGAAGGUAGCUUGGUGACGUUUUUAGGAUCAUGCAGGUAUAUAACUCUCUGACAUGCACGAUACGCACAGCACGUCGUUCGAUGGAUAAAUGUCGAGAGAAAAUAAAAUGCUAGCUAGAGAGAAAUAGUGUUAUUACUUACAAAUGUGAAGAGAGAUCACCACGGUUCAUCGCCAAAAUGCUUGCUGACAAUAUUGUUCAUCGUAUUACAAUGACAAUUACAACUACCUAAGCAUUUUGACGUAUACCUGUUUGUUUAGUUGAUUUUUUUGUUAAUAUGUUGUUAUUACUUUACAAUAGCUAUAUGUAUUGCGUUUUUAAGCAUGGACUGGCAACACACUGGAGCUUGUACUUGUACAGUGGUCCAGCUAAUGAACUAAUUUGUUCAUACCUGCAACCUCAUCAAAAUCUGCCUUCUCGUUGCUCUGAGUUUUAUUCCGACUCCAACCUCACCAAGCUAGGGAAAAUUGUUUAACCAAAAAUACCAUACGUAACUAAAAUACAUACAUUUCUAAGAGCUAUGCUGCCGGGAGUUAUACCCUUGACACUUUUUUUCAUCAGGGUCAAUAGCACUGUGUUGUACGUGAGCACCUGUAAGCCGCUGUUAGAUGUGUGUCUGUAUUUUGUGACUUAAAUGUAUUUUAUAUUCCUAUAUUGAGUAUAUUCCUAAAUUAGUACUACAAUAUAAUAAAAGGGAAAUAUUUAUAUUUUA